AUGGGAAUGGCUUCAACAUCAUAUUUCAAAAGUUCCAGCUUUAACGGAUACACCCAACCGAGCAAUGCAAUGCCUAAAACACCCUCACAGACAUUCAGCAUUAACCCCAAUGAGGAGCGGAAUGGGUACUUCAAGAGACAAAGCCUUCUUCAUAAGAUAAACAACCCUUCUGGGAACUACAAACAAGAAUAUUUAUCGGAGCCACUGGAGGAUGGAAAUAGCAGCACUAGCUCUCAACAACAGCCACAACAGGACUUGAUCAACUGCAUCAAUGAACAUAUAUUUACCGACCCUGAAUCUGACAAUACUGGGUUCUGUAAUUUUCCCGUGGGCUUGAAAAUUCAUGUGAGGAAUCCAAGAUCCAAGGCUGAAAUUGAGCGUAUCAUUUCGCAGUUAUCAAAGUUAUCAAUAAAUGAAGAAGAGCAUGAGCAUGAGCAUGAGCACCAGCAACCACAUCCACAUAAAACUUUGUCCAUUGGAUUCAAGUCAAAAUCAAAUUUGGAGGACUUGAUAUAUCGCCUUUAUGAUAGAAAUAUUGAAUUUGAAUUGGAUUAUUCAAAAUUUGUCUCCCACCCAGGGAUGCUUUUCAUCAAGAAUUUGUCAAGCGACUUGGUGUUUGAGAACAACUCGUUGUCCGGCGUAUCACCCGAUCCAACUUCAAAUGACAGGUUGAAAGAGUAUCACAAGUUGUAUCAAUUUUUGAAUGACAACUGCUACUUCAAAUCAUUGCAAGAUAUCAGAUUAUUCAACAAUGACUCAUCAACACAAAGCAACAAUCAUUCAAGUAAUGGAUCACCUAAUUACAGUCCAAGCUCAACAGCAUUUGCCAUUGUCAAGUUUGCAAAUUAUUUGGAUGUCGAUAUUUUGAUCGAAAAACUAAGCAAACGAACUCCAAACAUUUUCAAUGAUAACCCCAAUAUCCCAUUAUUUCUAAACAGAUAUAUCAACAAGCGAGAAAGGUUGUCUUUUGCUUCAGCAACGGGUUUAUCCCAUAGUUUUGUUCCGCGUCGCGGCAGUAGUGCAUCCAUUAGCGCAAAUUCCAUGUCAACAUCAUCAUCAACCUCAUCGACAUCCCUAUCACCAAGAUACCAUUACCCUAGUGCAAAUUUAUCCAGGAACUCCAAUGACAACUUUUGUUUAAUUAUUUUGGAAAACUUGAUCAACUUUUUACCUUCUGAAUUCACCAAGGACAAGUGUGAACAAUUUUUGAACAAGAUUAGAAUGUUUGGGAAUCAAAUUGAAUCAAUUUAUAUUCCAAUUAUUGAUAAAGAUGAAACUUUGUCACAAUUGCAUCCUCUUGAUUUUGGAUACAUUAGAUUCAAAUCCACGGGUAAUUUUACUGAAAAUACCUUUCGUGUAUUGUAUUAUUUGAAUGAUUUGCUGUGGGAUGAAGUCAUGGCUUUGGAUAUGAAAAAUUUACCACCAUUAAUGGAAGAAGAUUAUGACGAAGGUGGCUUUAGCCUUGAUGGGUCUUCAAGUAGCGGUGAUGGCAGUGAAGAUGAUGAUAAUAAUGUAGAAUUUACCAAUGAUGCCAAUGGACGAGAUUCAACACCAGUGGUAAUGAAUCGUAAGUUGUCUGUCACUAUUGCACAGCAUAAACAUAACCACUACUUGUUUUCACAAGCUAGCCAGUACUAUCUAUCAUUUAAUCCAAGUUUAUUGAAUACCAAGCAACUGCCCAUUGGAAUAAACUACCCUAGUCCCAUAUAUACUAUCAAUUCAUUCAUUAGAAAUGUGAAUUAUCAAGAGACAAAUUUGUAUGUAAACAAUUUCUCGGUGGUUUUCAACAAUGAUGACAUUACUUGGGAAUCGUUUUGGAAGCAAUUUGGUUUAAUCAAAUCGGCAAAAAUCAUCAAACCACACUUUUAUCAAGAUGAAGAUUCAAUUGAUGGUGAAGAACAUAAAGCUGGUCGUAUCGGUUUCAUAUUUUACGAAACAUUUAAAAUGGCAAUCAGGGCCAUUUUAAUGACCAAUAACAAGCUCGUCCAUGUGGACAAUUUCAACCCCAUGAUUAUUCAAUCCUCUUUUGCUAUUCAAAAGUCAAACGCUAGUCACAAAGCCUUUCCUUUACCACCAGUGCCACCCAUGGUUAUCCCAAAUUCUUCUUUGCCCCUUGAUUUCCCUCCACCGUCAAAUAAAAUUUUGGGAUCUGCUGCUCAUGCAAACCCAGGAGGCGGUAUGCAGUACUACACAUAUCAGCCAAUCGUGCCCUAUUAUUAUGGGUACCACCCAAAUCCGUAUCUCUUUGGAGCUCAGAGUAUGUUCAACGCAGGUGCAAAGCCAAACCUUGAACAGGCAACAAUGUCAGCUACAAGUCAGAUGCAUGUAGGAAAUGGACAAUCGAAUGAGCACGCAUCGUCAACCCGCCAAAAAGUUUCAAAUCAAAAUUGUGACUAG